AGGAGGCGGUGCUUCCUCAAUACGGGUAGGAAGAGUAUAACGCCUGGAGGAGCGACGUCAGUGUUUGUGUGCGGUUGUCGGAAAAAUGGCGGAGGCUGCGGCAGUCCCUCCGCAUCGGUUUUUCUGUCACUGUUGUAAAGGCGAAGUGAGACCAAAACUCCCGGAGUAUAUCUGCCCCAGAUGUGACUCUGGAUUUAUUGAGGAAGUGACGGAAGACUCCAGUCUUUUGGACAGUAGUACAAAUGGCCUUGAUGACACAGCGUCACAGUUUGCAGAGCUCUGGCAGCUUCUGUUUGUGGAGCGGCCGUUCACAGUGGACCUGGACAGCCCCGACUCAGAGCCACGGGUUCCAGGUGGUCCUGGAGGACUUGGUUUGGGAGGAGGGCCGUUUGGUGGCUCCGUCCCUGGGGGACUCAGCGUUAACCUGGGUGGCCCUUUAGGAGGAGGAGGAGAUCAUUGGGGCCCCAGCCGUCCCCCUCGCUUGCACACUCAGAGAAGAUACAGAUCCAGAGGAAGCAGUCGGCCGGAUCGCUCCCCUGCUGUAGAGGGAAUAGUACAACAGUUUCUUGCUGGCCUUUUUGCCAAUUCAGGUGCUCCAGGUUCCCCUCCACUGUCAUGGACGGGCAUGUUGCACUCAAACCCUGGUGACUAUGCCUGGGGGCAGGGGGGUCUUGAUGCAGUCAUUACACAGUUACUGGGUCAGUUUGAGAACACAGGUCCUCCCCCUGCAGAGAAAGAGAAAAUCUCCUCCCUCCCCACGGUUAUCGUUUCUCAGGAACAGGCUGACAGCAGCUUGGAGUGUCCAGUGUGUAAGGAGGACUACACAGUCGGGGAGCCAGUCAGGCAGCUGCCCUGUAAUCACUUCUUCCACAGUGACUGCAUUGUGCCCUGGCUAGAACUGCAUGACACAUGUCCGGUAUGCAGGAAGAGUUUGAGUGGAGGGGACAGUGGCAAUCAGCCACCCUCAGAGCCCUCCUCUGUAAACACCGAGCCCCGCACACAGGAGAGAUGGUCCUACUGAGAGAGACACCCAUACAUGCUUCAUUUCAUCUCUGCUCUAUUUCUGUCUAACUCACAACGCACUCAACGCGUGAGGAUUUGCCACUAUUUGGCAUUCCCUGUCUUAAUGCCAGCCUCUCUCUCUCCAUUUUUGAUCUUACCACUCUCGUAUGGUUUACUAUGGCUUGUUUACGGUUUUACUUUUUACCCCUCAUGCUUUAUCUGUCGUGGCCUGUCUAUAGUCUUCUUUCUGUCUUUGCAUCGACACACUUUUCAUUAAUUUAGAGGUGUUUGCAUUUGAUUACACCUCUUGUCCUGGUGUCUGCUUUCCCAGGCUACUGACUCUGAAGACCGCACACGCUCACCACAGUCACUACAUGAGCCAGCCCCUCUUCUAGAAUGUGCAGUGUUAUGCACUUCCUAUGAAGCUAAACUGUACAUGCUACACAGAGCCAGCCCUUAUUCAGUCUAAUAUCUAUAAGGGUUCACAGUUUCCCCAGGUCCAUUUUACUGAUUGCUCACUGUUUAGCACACCUGUUCACUGGGUCACUGCGUCCUGUCUUGGUAGUUGCUACCAGUUUCAGAGCGCUUUUUUCUUCUUCCUCUUGCCAUCUGUGCACUUGUCCCAGGUGUAUAUAUAUCACAGGCACACAUGGUGUUCGUCUCAUCCCCCUAACACCCCCCACUGGCAUUUUCUUUUUUUGUAAAUAAUUUUAGUUCGAAUACUCAUUCAAAGAAAAAACAGAAGGAAAGGAAUACUGAAUAUAAAAUGGCAAAUCCCUAAAUAUUAAAAUAUAUAUUAUAUAAACGAUGUGUUGUCAGUUAUGUAUUCAUAAUAAAACUGAAUAAAAAAUCAGUUAACUGUUGAUCUUGCUAAGAGGUUUACAGAAAUUUUUACAUGGUAUGUGUGUGUGAUUUUAUAUAUAUAUAUAUCAUCACACACACAUACAUAAUGUGUGUUUUAUGUAUGUGUACAAGAGCCAAGGACACCAUCUGAUUUCAUUAUUGUUUAAUUGAAGUGCUUUGUAGGUUGGUUUAUCUACAACAUCCAGUUAAAAUGAUAACAGACCAUUUCAAUGUCCUUUUUUUUUCCUUAUCUCAUGUGGUGCAUUUUAAUAUCCAUUUAAUAACGAUCAGUUUGAUGCAUAAAUAACUCAUUUUCCACAUUUGCAUCCUGAUAAGUUGCCGUUGGUUAAACACAAGGGCACGGGUGCUUGCAUUCUAUUGAGAAGCAAUAGCGGAUAGCUGUGUAACGAUAUUAAUGAAAUUCAUGUAAUGAAAGUCAGACGUGGAUCAUAAAGGUUACUGUUGUUUGUAUUUGAACUGUAGCCUCUUACAUUCCUCUGACUAAGCUGUCUGUCAUUGUGUAUGCAUUUUCAAUACUUCACAAAACCCCUUAAAAAAAACCCCAAUGCUGUUUUCUUAAGCUCAUAGCAGCCUUUAUUGUCAGAACCUCAUGGAAACUGUUUCCAUCCAAUUAUGUACACAUUGCUUCAAACUGUCUACCAAAUUAUCACAUUAAAAGCAGGUCAAGCACA